AUGGCUCUGGUCCAGGCGCGCCCCGUCUCUGACCAGCCCAACCCCGGUGUCGACGUCCAGCAGCACCAGUCAGCCUCUCAUUCCCCCCCGGCCUCCUGCAACUCCACCGCAGCUAUGGGUUCCGUGAGCAGUCUUAUAUCGGGCCGAACAUACCAAGAAAGGCACUGUCGAGCAGCCAGUGAAUUUUCGGCGAAGCCUCGCCGCUCCACGCCGGCCACCACCUGCUUCCGUCUCCAGGAUAAUACCCUCCGCAGUGCCAGCUCCUUGGAGCAACUGCUGGUGAUAUGCAACCAAACGCAGGAGAGCCAGAUCCAGGCCCAGGUUCUACCUCCGCCGCUGCCCACCAAGAAGCAACCUCGGCCAGGCAACUCGGCAACGAUGACCGGGGAAUGCAUAGCGACCGCCGGCGGGGUUGAUAGUAUCACGGGAUAUAUGAGCAGCCAGGUGGUUGUCGGAGACUGGAAUGACAACCUGGUCGUGGCACCUGUCAGUCCUUGCAGUGACUCAGAUGAGCAACGGGACAGUAGGACUCUAAAUGGAAAUAUAGGAGGACCACCCCCAAAACUAAUUCCUGUUUCCGGGCAGCUAGAAAAGAACAUGGAGAAAGUGCUGAUCCGUCCAACAGCGUUCAAGCCCGUAGUCUCCAAAAAUCGCCACUCGGUGCAUUACCUGUCACCGCGACCAGGAGGAUGCAGUCUGUCUGAAAGCCAGGGCAGCCUCAACCUCCUCUUGCCACUCACGGCUCCAACUGGCGGCGCUGAAGUGGCCGGCGGCAGUACCGGCUCUGCUUUGGAAGAAAAGCGCGACUCCUUCGGCGGAGGGCGACAUGCUCAGGGCAGCCGGUCCUGCUCAAUGUCGGACUCCGGGAGGAACUCCCUUUCCAGCCUGCCCACUCACAGCAGCACCGGCUACAGUUUGGCCCCCAGCGAGGGAUCGGGGUCCGGGUCGGCCAACGCGGAGCCAGGGCAGAUCUCGGUUAGAAACGCUUUGGGCGGAAUUGGUCACUCGGAUAGCGGACGUUCGUCGUCCAGUAAGAGCACCGGGUCGGGGUCGCUGAGCGGGCGGGGCCGGCCGCUGUCGGACAGCGGCUCCUGCGGCCGUUCCUCACCGCCCACUGAGGGUUACGAGGUGGUGGUGAGGGAUUUGGAGGAGAAGCUGAGGGAGCGUGAUGUGGAGCUUCAGCAUCUGCGGGAAAAUCUGGAUGAGAAUGAAGCCGCCAUCUGCCAGGUAUACGAGGAAAAGCAGCGCCGCUGUGAACGAGAAAUGGAGGAGCUGAGGCAGAACUGUGCUAGCAAAAUGAAGCAGGCCUCACACAAGGCACAAAGAGCGCAGCAGGUCUUACAGUUACAGGUAUUUCAACUACAACAAGAGAAGAAGAAACUACAGGAGGACUUCUCAUCCGUGCUGCAGGACAGAGAAUCUCUGGAGAGGAGGUGUGCCAGCAUCCAGCGUGAGCAGACGCAGUUGGGUCCAAGACUGGAGGAAACUAAGUGGGAGGUGUGCCAGAAAUCAGGAGAGAUCUCUCUGCUCAAGCAGCAGCUAAAGGAGAUCCAGUCGGAACUCAGCCAGAAGGCAGGCGACGUGGUGGUACUGAGGGCCCAGCUGAGAGAAGCCCGAUCGGAGCUGCAGGCCAGUCAGGCUCGUUCUCAGGAGGCCCAGGCCGCCCUGCGCACCCGAUCCCUAGAACUUGAGGUGUGCGAGAAUGAACUCCAGAGGAGGAAGAGCGAAGCCGAGCUGCUCCGCGAGAAACUGGCUCGCCUGGAGGACGACACCCUGCGCUUAAGGGAUUCCCUGACGCCAGUCGGCGGAAAAUGCACGAGCCUGAGCCUCCAUCAGGGUCGGGGAGUGCUUGCAAGGGGAGGACCCAGCCCCUGUUUGUACCGCAAUGUGGAAGACGAGUUGGGCAGAAAUUGGGCAGGAGAGAGCGACGAAGCCAAGGCACAGAGGCAGAAUGCCGAAACGCUGUUGGGGCUCAGACAACAGGUGGACAGGCUGAAGGGUGAGCUCAUGUAUGAGAGGAGGACAAGUGAGGAGCAGAUGUCGCGAUUCGAUGACGAAAGGAGGGUUUGGCAAGAGGAGAAAGAGAAGGUAAUCCGCUACCAGAAGCAGCUACAGCAGAACUACAUCCAAAUGUACCGACGGAAUCGCGAGCUGGAACGUGUGAUGAGGGAGCUGAGUCUUGAGCUGGAGAACAGGGACAUGGACGACUACGAGGUGCACAGCGGCAGCAACGACAUCCAUUUUGAGGAGAUCACCGCCACGGAGAUCUGA